AAUACAUAGAACACUUUGCUACCAAACCUUUCGUGACAAUGUCUGCAUCUGUUGACUAAAAUUUGAAACCUAAUAAGCUUUUAACAAGGUCAACAGUUUUCAUCUACUCGUAGUCGACAAAAAUAAUUAAGAAUCGGUACAUACAAUCACAAUUAGUGCAAUCAGCCUGUCUUAAAUAAAGAUAAAGUGUUAGUGUCCGCGAAAAUGAUGUGUACUUUGUUUUUCGCAAUCACAACGUUACAUGAACAUGGAUGACCUAAAAUGCGAAUACGUAAAGAAAAAAAGAUGCUUUGGAUUGUCCCAGAAAGUGCGAGUUAAAAAACACAAUAAUGAUAGGUACUUCGAAUGUAGAUAAUCAAACGUAAUCGUAGUUUCAUUGAGUGAUCAGUGAGUGUCUCAGCAUCAAAAGUGAAAAUGUGAUGUGUCAAACUGAUUGUUUACUUCACGACGGACAGGUGACGGUGAGCGGUUUGUAGAAGUGGUACGCGAGGGCGGCGGGAGGCGGGCGGUAUGUCGGACCGUUCGAGUCCCGUAAACGACGGCUACGAGGCAUCCGAGCCCGCCAUGAGACUCUCGGUGCGCAAGGACCUGUUCCCUGAUGCCCGGCUGUCACAAUUAGCUACUGACUCGGACUCUGAGGACGAACUCGUGUCCUGUGUCAAGCUGGAGACAGACUUUGAGCAGAGCAUUGAUGCCAUCGCUAGCCAGAGGAUGCAGGUUAACGGAGCGCUGCCGUCCCCGACACGUCCUCGCCACAGAAAGCACAAGCAGCACUCCAGGCGCGACACAAACCACUCUACUCUCAAUGGGUGUCUUCCUAAAGAGAGGAAGAGGAAAAAACGUUCUCGUGACUCCCAUAAAAGGACGCAUACAUCAAAAAGUGUAGUGUCACAAGUGAAAGGUGGUAAAAACUUAAAUUUAGUUAGUAGUAGUGAGUGCCACGAAGAGGAGGAGGUUGAGGAGGCAGAAGAGGAAAGUGAAAGUUCAGACGAUGAAGUGCUAGGGCGUAGUGUAAAGUUACCGUUAAUUAAUGUGCAGAGAGCUAGUGGCAAACCUUACAGUCAUAGACUUAGUCAAUUAUCAACAAAAAAGAGUAAAUCAAAGGAACAAAGGACUCAUAUAGUCAUACCAUGUAGUGGUAAGCCCCGUUCGAUGUUGGACCUCUGUAGUUCUCGUAGCAAAAAGAAAUCUAAGAAAUCAGAUUGUAGUACACCAACGUAUCGAAGUCAGAUAGUGGACACAAAUACGAAAAUCAAAAUUAAGAUAAGAAGAACAAGUUUUCAGGAAGUGGUUGCCCCAACACCAACAUCGAUAGCUGAGCUUGGUCAAAGGAAAUCUAAAAAGAAGCGAGCAGCAUCACCGGUUGCUAGUGCAAGCUCUGGAGAGGAGUAUGAUCCUUCUAGGGGAGAUGCAGUCAUGAGCGUUGCUGCUCCUAAACCUCGUGCGACUCGCUCUAAAACUAAGAAAUCUAAUAAUAAUAACUCCAAAACUAAAGAUAAAGCUCAAAAGACUGAAAGAACUAGAAGUAGUGAAACAGAUAGUAAAGAAAGUGGACCUCAAAGUCCGUGGGCGCAUUCCAUGCCUGAAGAGAUUUUAGUUAAAAUUUUUGAAAAUGUAGUAAGCAACGGAACUUUACCAGCUGUUAUUAGAUUGGGUAGAGUAUGUAAAUUAUGGCACAGUGUCAGUUGUAGGCCAGAACUUUGGAAGAAUGUAGACCUUGCACAAUACACUGUAGAUAAAUGCAAAACUGACUAUAAACUGGUCUGGCUUCUCGAAAAUCGUCUGUCCCAAUGUCAGAUUUUAAAUAUUGCUCAAUGGAAGGUAUGCAAUGUGUCGUGGGUGCUCGCGUGUGUGGUGGACUACUGCCCGGGGCUGGUGGAACUGAGCGUGGCCGGCUGGAGCCGCAUCACACCGGAACAGCUGUUCGAUGUGGUGCAAGGCCUGCCCAAACUACAGCGGCUUGAUCUUUCUUUGACGUCUGAAACGGGAGGUUCGAGCACGUGUUUGUCGGCUGCGUCUAUGGCCCGCGUCGCGAGCAAUUGCGGCACGCGUCUCACGCACCUCACACUUGCCAACAACAAGUUCUCCGCCCUGCCGCAAAUACUCUCCUCAGUUGCCAGUCACUGUCCGAAUCUCGAAGUGCUGGAUAUUUCUGGUGCCCAGGCAACGUCUCAUCCAGCACCGAUUCCUCUAGAAGCACUGCAGAAAGGCUGUCCUAAAAUAAGGGUAUUCAGCGCUGCCAAUGCCCAGUUAGUUCUGGCCUCUGCAACUAAGACGCAACAGAUGGAGGCAGGUGGUUGGACCCAACUGGAAGAGGUUUCGAUCGCCGGUAGCGUAGCUGAGGAACGCGCGGCCGUCGGUGACUAUAGGCUUGGGGACGAAGCUUUAGCGAGACUCGUUCGAGGGGCCACACGUCUGAGUCUACUCGACCUGCGUGGGCUACAACGCAUUACCGACUCGGGACUAGUACGAGUGCCGGCGUGGGACCUGCAACAUCUCUUUCUAGGAGGUUGUAACGUGUUACGGCAAACGAAUGCUUGCUUGGAGUUAAUUUGUGAGAAGUGGUCGCACAGCCUGAUAGAGUUAGACCUGUCCUGGGCCUCCAAUGCCAAGGUUUUGCACGCGGCAGUCUGCGCUUUGGCCGAAUCUCCAAACAGCAAACUCAGAGUACUCAAUUUAUGUGGAUCAUCCGUCUCGUAUGAAGCUGUCAAGAAAGUACUAUUAAAAUGCCCUCGCAUAGAAUCGCUCAACCUAAGCUCAUGCCGCGCUUUGCCGAGAGGUAUGAAACGCCUCUACUUAGGGAAGGAACUUCAGGACCUCAAAGACGGUUUAGAUCCGGAAAAAGUUAAAGCCAAAGAGAGUAAAACUGAAGAAUCCAAAAAGAAAAAGACAAAUGCACAGGCCUCUAAGACUGAUGACGACAAAGAGUCAAAAAAGAAUGACGCAGCAGAAAGUUCUGGUAGUAGUAAAGUAGAAAUUAAAUCUCCAGAUAAGUCUUCCGACACUGUGUUUCAGGAACCAAAAAGUAUACCCGAUUUAAGUACUAGUGUUCCUGAUAAACGUACGUCUAUCGAAAAACAAAUUAUAUGUUCCCCUAGUAAUAAGAGCGAUGAGCAAUCGAAGAAUACUUCUGAAAAUUUAACUUCCGAAGCUGUGCGAAAACUUUCGAGUCCCCUUGCUCAAUCGAAACCCGAUUCCUCAUCGACUCCCCGGUCAGAUUCCGUCAAAACUGACACGGGAAGUCCUCACUAUAGUCCCGUCCAAAAGCCAGAUAGCCAGAUUCCUAGUAGUCCCGAUGUUCCGCCAGAAUUGGUUAAGGGCAACCAUUCUUGGAAUUUAGGCCAGUUCAAAAGUACUCCUUCUCAUAAAUCUGAAGCAAGUCCACUGAACAGAUUAGAGAGUCACACAAAAAUACGACACGCUAAGGUCAUCGAGCAAUGUAGUCCCACCACUUCUCUUGAGAACAAACCUAGUCCUGAAACCAUAGCAUUGAAACAAGAUAUUAAGAAUCUUAAUAAUUGGAAUUACAGUAGCUACAGCCCAAUGCCUAGGCAGGAAAGUCAAUUUUCUUCUCAAAGAAGUCCCUAUUCGGCGCAACCGAGCCCCGCUCAGCCGAGUCCGUACUCGACGCAGCCCAGUCCAUAUUCCACUCAGCCUAGCCCUUAUUCAUCACAGCCUAGUCCUUAUUCUGCUCAACCGAGUCCGGACACGAGUCAGAUCGUCAAGGCCGAUCUUCAAAAGUCGGGAGCGUGGAAUAAUGACAACUAUAGUCCCAUGCCUAAGCACCAUGCUCCGUUUUCACCACAUCCUUCGACUCACACAAGUCCCGAUCCCGGCUUAGGAGUCAAAAACGACAAUCUACGUAAUAACCCGAACAGGACUCCCGGUCAAUACAGCCCAAUGUCUCGGCAGCAGCACCACAGCCCUUAUUCACCCAGACCGAGUGUUGAAAACACUUACAGUAAUAAAAAGAGCCCAGGAGUCGUUAAAUACAGUCAUCUGCCUAGUCCAGAUGGUGGACAUGCCUCGCGAACGCACUUGAAUGCGAGAGCACAGGACGUGUAUGGGCGUUCAGUGUCCAAGGUUCUCGAUAUAACUCCGAAUGUCCCUCCACCGGAAAUUCCGAACACAUGGGGUUUCAAUCAUAUGAACACUCCCACGACUGGCAUAGAAUCGUUAGUUUGGGGGACACCGUCCUUCGGUACGGAGCCCGCGAUACAAUCUCCGCUGCAUUCGCGCGUAGACAACAUGCCAACGAUGUUAAACACUCCUCCACCGCAACCGUGGGGCGAGCUGUCUCCAUUCGACAGCGGUGUCCGGAGAGCUCCCGACGCGAAUGACCCGUGGACUCUAGGCCAGUUCCGAGUGGAGCCGCCUAGUCAGGUACACAACACGUUCGUGGAGCAGAACGUGAGCUUUGAGCCGCUAGGUACGCACCUGUCGCACGGAACGCAUGCGUUGCACGCAUACCUGGACGAUGCCUACUCCGAGACGUCUCGCGCAGACUGACGCGACGGCGCGCAAUACUCGAACCAAUGUUUAUUAUCCAUUAGGAUCCUCGGAGGAGCAUCUGAGCGGAGACGGAUUUGGAGUGAUAUAAUUAUAGAUAUGAACAAUUAUUGUUAGUGAUUGUAAAUAAGAUUAUCUAGCUAGAUGUAAGUUUAAUGAAGCUAGGAAUGCAUUCAAAUUAUUUUGCAGCCGUUAGUUUAUGAGAGAUGCAGAUUAAUUAUAUUAGGAGUUAGUUAAUCGAGAUAUAGAUAAUAUAAAUUGUUUUAUACUCGAUUGUUAGGACGUUCUCAUCAAUCUGUGCUUUGUUGAACGUAUAUUAUACGUUACAUUUUCGGUAACUUGUGAAUGAAAAUAAAAUAUGUCUAUGAUAUAACUAUUUCCGAGCAACAUUUCUUAAGUUUACAUAAAAAUUAGAUUUUCUCAUUUAAAUUUUAUCUAGUUUAUAUCGAGAUAUGAUCUUAUAGAAAAAACAGCAAACUAAUAAUGCUAUUACAAUUUAGGCCUACUUAGGCCUGUGUUAUAUGUUCGUUGUGUAAAUCGGUCUUAUGAAAAGCAAUAACAAUAGUAGUAAUUAAAUAAACAGUGAAUAUUGCUACGCCGUAGCUUAUAUUUGAUUAUAAAAAAAAAACAUUAUUUAAUAGAAAAUUGAGGCGAUGAUUUGUAGUCUCAAAUAGCUCAAUGAAGUUUAUCUCAAUUUUAAAAUAUCAACAUUCCUUUUUAAUAGGUAUUUAUACAUAGUUUCAGAAAAA